CCUGCAUUUUCAUUGCAGUUGUCUCUGUCGAAUGCUGAAAUACCUGCUGAAGAAAUUAUGAAAUUUGCUCUCAUUCGUAAUUUGCGAGAACUGGAAAUUGCGAAUGAUCCCAAAGUCCGCUUUCUGGACUUUUCGACCUCGAUCUUGCCACUGUUGCGGAUGAAAGGGCACCAGUUGGAGUCUUUGACCCUGUCCCACUUUCCGGACAUUUGCGUUCAAGCGAUUGGCACGUGUUGUCCGAAUUUGCGCAAAUUCAGCGUUACGCACGUGGAUGCAUUUGCAUGCAGCAGCGUUGCCAACGAUAACUCUCCUGAAAACGAGGCCAUGAUCAGUUCGGGUGUCGUUGCCAUUAAUGGUUCAUCCUCCGAUGCUGCUGCUGAAAAUACUGCCGAUGAAGGCCAUAACGGGGAUGAAAUCAGUGAACCCGCGAACGGGAUCGAGUCGACCCCGUCUCACCCCAUGUUCGGCAAGCUGGAGGACUUUGAAAUGAUUUGCCAAUUUUACGGGAUCGUGCCCAGGGCGGAACACUUGCUGACCUGUCUGGUGAAGGCAGAGGACUUGAAAAGGAUGACCUUCAAGGCCUGCACUUCCGCCGACGACCGGUUCUUCUCCAAGCUCUUGAGGGUUAACCCCCUGAAGAAGCUUCAGAAAAUAUCUCUGGAUUUUUGUCCGGUCACGACGAAGACUGUGCUGAAAUUCCUGCGCAUGGAGAACGAUUUGCACUUCAUGACGGUUUGCGACACCGGGGGAAUCGACCUGAAGUCUUACCGCGAUAUCACCAUCGAGGCGAAUAGCAUGAACCUCGAUUUGUACAUCGAGUGGAAUAAUGUCAAUCGGGACACAGAUCGGAACAGUGACGUGAAUGGGACAAGCACGCAUCAGAGACCUCGUCGCACACUGAAUCCCACCAGCAAGGCAGUGCCAUCAGCAGCAAAUAACGAUGCUCAUCAACCGCACCACACGCAUGCUUCACAAUCAGCAGCAGCAGCAGCACGAGGUACUUCCACCACCGUCGGCAGCAGCGUUCCAGUUAAUAAACAGUCUCCAUUGAGGAUCGCGUCAGCGUCGUUGACGAUGACGGGGGUCAAGCCAGGGACGUUUUCGCGGAUUUUUCAACAGUUCUUCCUCGACAGUCUGGCCAUGCUGUGUCUCCUCUUCCUGGCCGCCAGUUGCCUUUUCAUCACCUCUUUCACUAUCAUGGACCAUUUUUCCUCGGGUGAUCAAGUCACCUGGGUAGGAUGGACAUUCCUGGUCCUGGCCUGUGUCACUGGAAGCACCGGGAUUUUAUUGAUCUGCGUGGUGAAUGCACCAUCCAACAUGACGUGUUUGAAUAUGGAAGAUCAUUCAAAAUCCAGGGCCCAUCACAGAAGACGAUCCCAGUUAUCCCAGCAGAUGUCGCCGGCAUCGCGCGGUGCGGAUCAAAAACGUCAGUCCCACGUUCACCACCAUCAUCAACAACACCAUCAGCAUCAGUUCCGACGACAUCGUUCGAGUCACAGAGACCCGGGUUCGGUGCCCUCUGGGCAUAACAACGUAGCGUCUGAAACGGGAAACCGUAAGAACAGUGAUGGGGUGGCUGCUGCUGGCGGUUCUUCUUCUCGGGGUCGAACCAGCAGGGGUCCGGAGUCCAAGGAUGCUGUUCAUGCGAUACAUUUUGCAGAGGCUUUCAGAAGAGUCAGAGUUUCUCAAAUUCUGAAGAAAGGGGAAAGCUGGUUCGUGUCUGCCUCGGGCAAGUCAACGAAAACGACGAUGCGAACUGGAAGCUCAUUUCGGUGAAACUAGACAGUACAGUAUAUGUGAGGUGCUAGCGUAUGAGCAGUAUAUAGAUGUCAUCUCUUAUUCCUGAUGGAUAUUAUAUCAGUCGAUUAUACUCGUCAUCAUUUGUUCUGGCGUCGCGAAUUUUCACAUUGUUUUCCUUCAUUCAUGAUUUCUUCAUGUAUUUUCUCUUGAUGAGGUGAUGAACAUGAUUUCCAGAAAAGACUGUGUGAUACAUGACCAGUAUACAAUAA